AUGGACAGAAGAGCAACAAAAAGGAAAAAAUGCAAAGCUCUCAAUGAAGAAUGUGGACAGCCUAGAAACUCACGAAUUGUUGGAGGCCAGGAUGCCACCCCAGGGAAAUGGCCCUGGCAAGUGAGCAUUCUCCGGAAUCUGCAACCCAUUUGUGGGGCCUCAAUUAUAAAUGAACAAUGGAUACUAUCAGCCGCUCAUUGCUUCUAUAAUAGUCCACCUGGUUUUAUAUAUAUGGCACUGCUGGGCACCCAUCAGCUCUUCAAUCUCUCACAUGAUGCAGUAUUUGCGAUGGUGAAAAAAAUUGUCCUCCACCCAGACUUCAAUGGGAAGGCUGCCUCCCUUGGAGAUAUUGCUUUAAUUCAACUGAAAACGCCAGUGAAAUUCACCAGUUCCAUUAUGCCCAUCUGUUUGCCGACAUCUGAAAAUUUCUCUGUGGAAGCAGAUUGCUGGAUCACUGGAUGGGGAACAAUUAAAUAUGGAGUACCUUUGCCACCUCCACUAACCCUCCAGGAAGUGAAAGUGUCUCUCAUAAACCAGAAUGACUGCAACGGGAUCUACAAUGACUUUCCAGUUAUGGGCCUUGGCGAGGAUGCUAUCAAGGAUGAUAUGAUUUGCGCAGGUUAUCCAAAUGAUGGAAAGGAUUCCUGCCAGGGUGACUCAGGAGGCCCUUUGGUUUGCCAACUCCAAGGAAGGUGGACUCAAGCUGGGAUUGUGAGCUGGGGAAUUGGAUGUGCUAGUAAAAUAUUCCCUGGCGUCUAUACUUCAGUGCCUUAUUAUUCUGACUGGAUCAAAGAUGUAAUGGAGGACAACAUGAACAACAAACCCAAGUCUGGCAAA